CAUAUGUCAUUUUUACUUCUGGCCAGCAUCAAAGAACUGACAGCCACAAAGACCUGUAUAACCAGCAAAGGAACUUGGCAGUUCCAUUAUAUUGGAUACCCUGUAGAACCAGAAACAAAAUAUUUUGUCUAUGCUUGCAAUCUACCUCCAUCAAAAUCUUAUUUGCUAACUACACCAGGGAGUUUGUGGACUCCAAAUACAACUGUUUGUAAAACAGAGACAGAAUUAGAAGUGAAUUUCACAACAAGCAGUCUUGGGCUUGAAUAUUUAAUACUGUUUUAUGAGUGUCAGAAGUAUGAAGUACUUCUUAAAAAAACUGUGGAAGCAAAGAAGCAGUGUGUUUUCAUCACAUUGUCUUCUUUUGCUGAACUCCUGCAUGAGGGCUGCCAGACUGAUGUUAUUCUAGCCAUGUGGGAGAAAAGGAGAAUUGCUCAAAAAGGUCCUGUGCCAUCACUUGCUGCUCAAGAAGCGGCAGCAGACCGGGUGAUUUUCCGUUCAAACGCUACCACUGCUGUAUGUGAUGUUUCUUGUAAAAGCAUGAGAAACCACAAUAACAUGGAAAAUAUGUUCACUCUUUCAGUUAACCUCUUCUGCAGUGACAUGACAAAUCAGUCCUCUGUACAAAAACAUAUAGUUUCUUUCAAUAACGUGAGUUCACAAGACACUUGA